UUUUAGCUUUAACUCUGUGUUCUUGGUUUUAUUUAUGCUUUUAUGAAUAAGUCACGGUUUUAAAAACGUUGGAGCCAAAGGAGCGAGCUGACGUUGAGCUAACGGCUACUGUACCUGGACCUUGGGUGCUAACUGACUGUUAACGAGUCGUCUCACUGCUUCGCAUCGUGUCGGUCGAGGUACGAGGCUCCACGCACAGAGAUGACCGGGUGUAAUGGACGCUAUGAUUAGGUGUCUGCCCGGAGAGGUCCAGGAGACGCUUCGCUCCGGGGUCUCCAUCCCCUCCCUCCAGCAGUGCGUGGAGGAGCUGCUCCUGAACAGCCUCGAUGCCGGGGCCACCUGUGUGGGGGUCCGGCUGGACAUGGAGUCUCUCAAAGUGCAGGUCCUCGACAACGGGACCGGCAUGAGCGCCGAGGACAUGGAGCGAGUGGGAAACCGAUACCACACGAGCAAAUGCAGCUCCCUGGAAGACCUGGAGGACCUCCGGUGCUACGGGUUCAGAGGAGAAGCCCUGGCGAGUAUAUUCUCCUUAUCCACACUUGUUGAGAUCACGUCCCGCACCAGGUCGUCGGUGAAAACCCACGUGAAGGUGUUCAAGAAGGGCAAGGGUCUGUGUGUGUUUGAGGCGGAUGCUGCUCGACCCUCCGCGGGCACCACCGUGGUCAUCAGGAACUUCUUCCACAGCAUGCCGGUGCGGAGGAAGAGGCUGGACGCUGUGCUGGAGGCAGAGAGGAUCAGACACAGGGUGGAGGCCAUUUCUCUGAUGCACCCCGCUGUGUCUGUCACCCUAAGGAAUGACUGCACCGGAGCCAUGGUGGUGCAGCUCAGCAAAGCCAGGGACACCCACCACAGGUUUGCUCAGAUACACGGCAUCGAGCGAGCACUGAAACUGGGAGAAAUCAGCCACACGCACGGGCAGUUUGAAGUGACUGGUUACAUUGGCAAAGAGGGCCACUACAACAACAGCUUGCAGUUCCUGUAUGUGAAUGGCAGACUGCUGCUGAAGACACGCAUGCACAAGCUGCUGAACUUUCUCCUGCGCAGACUGAGCAGCUCGAACCAGAGGAAGGACAGUCCCGAUGGGCAGUCCGCCAUCAGGAGUCCCAAGCACAAACGGAGCCAAGAGCUGCAUGGGGUGUACAUCAUCAACAUCAAGUGCUCGUACUCCGAGUACGAUAUUUGUCUUGAGCCUGCGAAGACGCUGAUCGAGAUGAAAGAUUGGGAUGGCAUUCUGGUCUGCAUGGAAGAGGCAGUGAAGGCUUUUCUCAGCAGGGAGAACUUGGUCGCGGUGCUUUCUCAGGAUGACCUGGACUCAUUAUCUCCUGCACUGUUUGGUAAGGACAAUACAUCCAGAGAGGUUAACGGUGCUUCCACACUAGAUCACAGUUUUGGAAUGAAGCUGGCAUCUGAAGCUGUGCACCGUGCUCGUAAAGAGGACGGUGUUUGCCAUGAGUCUGGUCUGCUUGAGUGCAGCGAAAACAAGGCUGAGAAGAUACCUGCAAACGAUUUGGAAACGUCACAAGGUGAAGGAUGUGGAGACAAAGACUCUAGAGACGAGCCCGAGUGUGAUUUGACUCAACCGGACCUUGCAUCUGAUAAUAACAUCACUGAGGAAGAGGAGAAACCAUUCAGUAACGCCAAGAUUUUAUGUGUUUCAACUAAACCAGACGGUGAACACCCCCAAUUUACAAAUGGAAGAAGAAAAGAGCUACAAUUAAAUGAUACUUCCUCAAGUGGUGAUGUGAUUUUACCAGAGGGCAUCACUCAACAUAUUCAGCUUGAUCUAAACAGCACUGAGCAGUUACAGUACUGUCAGGGAGCCGGAGGACACAGACCAUCUUUAAUAAGUAACAGAAAAAUCUGCCUGUCUGAUCCAUUCAUUCAUCGAAAUCUGCAGGAUCAGCACCCGUCCCAAAUCAACAAGUCAGUGUUUCAGCAGCAAAAUCCAGCACAGAAAGCAGAGGAGACAUCAUCUUCAUCCAAGUGCAAGAUUUCCCUGGUUACAGGCCAGGACAGAUUCUCUCUAAAACGAUGCAACAACUCUGCUCCCAUCGUUCCCUCAAAGAUCCCCAGAAUUGGAUCUUGUCAAAGGUUGUCUUUAUGGAAUGAGUCGGGAUCUCUAGAUAAGUUUAGAAGAAUAUUUGGUAAAUUUAAAGAAUCCAAAUUAUCCUCUCUGGAGACUCAUAUUGAAAACAAUUCUAAGCUCCCUCAGACAAACAGCUCAACUUUGAACCUGCAGAAUUUGUUGGUUUGUCACAAAAAUCAGCACGAUGGUGGUGAUGCAGAGACACAGACAAAUGAGACGCAGAGCAGUUUCCAAAGCCUACCAACCCUCUCAGGUUUCACUAAGCUAAAACUACACUCACCUCAGAAUACGGGCAAAAAAUCGUUGGCGACUAAACUAUGCCAUUUGAAACAACAGGAUCCAGUGGGUUGUAAAGUGUCAGUGGACAUCUCUGGGACGACCUCGCCGACCUGCCUCAGCGGUGGUAAUGACGUCCAAGACAGCAAUAACAACGAGAAUCCCUGUGACACUUCACUGAAUCCUGAACCAGACUCGGGUGGUAAGACCAUCCCUCAGGAAGAAGAUAUAACAUCAGGUGACUGGCUCCAUCACUACGAUGCAUCGCUGGGAAAGACAGUUUACGUCAACAGAGUGACCGGUCUCAGCAAAUAUGAGGACCCAGAAGAAGAAACACAAGUGUUGUGCACAUCUGAUGUCACCAAUAUGGCCGUUAGUGUCAUCUCCGAAACAGGGAUGGAGUCCAGGUGUUACCCAUUUCAGGUGGAUCUGGUUUUGCCCUUCCUGUCUAACUCCAGGACAGAGAGAGUGAUUAGUUCAGGGCUUGAUGGCAGAGAUGAUGCUGGUGAGAAUUCACUUUCCUCGUUGUACUCGAAGUGGAGUAAUCCCGUGUUCGUCCAACCUCCCACGGUGGCCGUGGACAUAUCAAGUGGACAAGCGGAUGGACUGGCUGUAAAGAUUCACAACAUCCUGUUUCCAUAUCGCUUUUCCAAGGCCAUGAUUCAAUCGAUGAAGGUUAUUCAUCAAGUGGAUAAGAAGUUCCUUGCGUGUCUUAUCAAUACACGAGAGGACGAACCUGCAGAACAAACUGAAACUAAAGAAAAUCUGCUGGUGCUGGUGGAUCAACAUGCUGCACAUGAGAGAAUUCGACUCGAAAAUCUUGUGGCAGAUUCCUAUGAAGACGAUCCAAACAAACCAGGGGAGAGACGUCUGCGUUCGUCAAACAUUUUGCCGCCUCUUGAGAUAAAUGGGACAGAAGGGGAACUCAGGCUGCUGAGGUCCUGUCAGGCACAUUUCCAGAAUCUGGGCUUAGAAGUGACUUUCUCAGAGGCAGCAGAUACUCAAGUGUUUGUGGGGAAGGUACCACUGUGCUUCGUGGAAAGGGAAAGUAAUGAGCUCAAACGACGGAGACCAUCUGUAAUUAAGCCUAUAGUUGAGGAGUAUCUUCGAGAGCAGAUUGAGUUGCUCCGCUCAGCUGGUAGAGUGAGAGGAACGCUGCCUCUCACUGUGCUGAAGGUGCUUGCCUCCAUAGCAUGCCACGGUGCCAUCAAAUUCAACCACAGCCUGAGCAGCAUUGAAUGCAACUGCUUGGUUUCAUCCUUAUCUACCUGCAAGCUGCCCUUCCAGUGCGCCCAUGGCCGUCCCUCCAUGAUCCCACUUGUUGACAUCCUCCAUUUGGACAAAGACCAGAAGGAAUUAAAGAAACCAAAUCUCCAAAAGCUGAGAAGAAUGCAUAAAGCAUGGGAACUAUAUGGCAAUAGAUAAAAGGGUGUGUAUUGUUUUGUGUUGCUGGUGUGUAUUUUAUGUUAAAUAUGUUAUUUAUUGUCAGUGAAAUGAAUUGUGAAAACUCAAAAUAUGAACUUAU